AUGGAGGUGGAUGAGGGACCAAUUACAGCUGGAGAUGGAAUCAAAACCUUCGUAGAUGAGGUUGAACAUACAGUGAGACAAGCUCGUGUCGCAGCGCAUAGCCAUGUGAAAGGCUUAGGUCUUGAUCCUGUAACAAGAGAGGCUCUUCCUAAUGCGGGAGGGCUAGUAGGACAAACGCUUGCGCGCACCGCUGCAGGAGUAUUUGUUGAUUUGGUCAAAAUGAAGAAUAUGGCCGGAAGGGCGUUACUUCUCGCAGGACCGCCGGGAACAGGGAAAACAGCUAUUGCUCUUGCGAUCGCUCAAGAGCUGGGAGACAAGGUUCCAUUUUGUCCUAUUGUGGCAUCUGAGGUAUAUUCCAGUGAAGUGAAAAAGACUGAAAUUCUCAUGGAGAACUUUCGAAGAGCAAUAGGAUUGCGCGUAAAAGAGAAGAAAGAAGUGUAUGAAGGUGAAGUGACAGAACUUACUCCCGUCGAAACAACGAAUCCACUUGGUGGAUAUGGAAAAACUAUCUCUCAUUUGGUCAUCUCAUUGAAAACCGCGAAGGGAAGCAAACAGCUGAAGCUCGAUCCGAGUAUUUAUGAUAGUAUUCUUAAGCAGAAGGUUGAAAUCGGUGACGUGAUCUACAUUGAGGCCAACAGUGGUGCAGUCAAACGUCUGGGUCGCUGCGAUGUCUAUGCAUCAGAGUUUGAUCUUGAAGCUGAUGAGUUCAUUCCUCUUCCCAAAGGUGAUGUUCAUAAGACCAAGGAUCUUGUUCAGGUAAGGACAAGUCGUUUUUCAUGA